AUGAUUCCACUUGUCUUCACCCUUGUCUUUUCCAGCAUAGUGGCUGGCUUCUGCAAAGUGAUGGAAGUGACCCAGCCAGCAUUCAUAGUGGCAAAAACGCAAGAGGCUGCCCGCUUUGUCUGUGAAUAUAACAAUGCUGGAGAUGCAACUGAUCUCAGAAUAGCGUUGCUGAAACAGAUAGGCAAUGAGUCCAUCGAGAUCUGUGCUACGUCCUUUACUGCUGAAUAUGAGUCAUUCAGCAUGAAGGAUGUCCGGGUCCAAGUUGAUACUAGUCACGAGAGUGUCAAUGUUACACUUUUCGGGCUGCAGACAACUGAUGCUGGUCUGUAUGUUUGCAGAAUGGAAAGGAUCUUCCCUCCUCCCUAUUACCCAGUCAAGGGAAAGGGGACCCAGCUCUAUGUCAUUGACAAAGAUCCAUGCCCGGACUCAUGCCCAGACAUGCAUCUGUUUCUUUGGAUAAUAAUAAGCGUAUUUUCUGGAUUGCUUGGCUACAGCAUAGUACUCACAACCUACAUACUGAGAAAAGCAAAACGAAAGCGCGCCUAUUACGCUCCUGGAAUCUACGAGAAGUUUAUAUCACUGUAA